AUGCGUCAGAAUACACCUCCCAGACCAGCAGACAUCGACGAAGAUGCCGAAGAAAUCUAUUUGGACAAUGAUGCCCCACCAGAGGAUGAAGACGACUUGGAAAUGGAGGAAGUUACACUGGAGGAAUUAGAAGCCCGUCUGGGAAGCGGCGAUUACGGUUCCGACGAAGAAGACGAACGAAAAUCUCCCGUACAGGAUGAUGCCGUCUACACUUUCCAACAACAUUCAGCGCCAGUAUUUGCCUGUGCACUUCAUCCCCAAAAUGAUUUGUGUGCCACAGGAGGAGAAGAUGAUAAGGUUUUUGUAUGGAACCGAAAUACCGGUGAGGUGAUACAUGAAAUCACUGAGCACAAAGACACAGUCAUAGAAGUUCACUUCAAUCAUGACGGUACAUAUUUGGCUAGUGGCGACAUGGCCGGUGAGAUUUUCUUGCACAAAAUACAAGAAGGUAGUGGUAAUGGCGACAAGGAGGGUAGUCUGACUUUACGUAAAGUAUGGGAAUACUCCAUGGGUGAUAUGUCUUGGAUGCGUUGGCAUAAGGCAGCCAACGUGUUGAUGGCUGGCAGUGAAGACGGUGAAAUUUAUGUAUUCCGUUUGCCAGCUGGGGACUGCAAAAUCUUACCCGGCCAGGGAACGCGCUGUGAGGCGGGUGAUUUGACUAACGAUGGCAAGAAGCUGUUUACCGCCUAUAAUAAUGGCACUGUGAAAUUGUGGGAUAUUAAAUCCACAACAGCUGUAAUGGAAAUUGAUGAGCAACAUCCCAUGGUGCACCAGGAGGGCUCCACCACGGUUAGCUGCGACAAAGAGUUCCCAAUAUAUGCUUCAGGAGGAGAAAAUGGUAAAAUUGUGUUCAGUACUCCGAACGGACCGGUUGGUACAGUUGAUGCGGAUGGUGCUGUCGAAUGUAUAGCAUUUUCCCCAUCAGCCGAUUUUCGUAUGGCUGCCAGUGGAACUUUAAGUGGUCAAGUUGCAAUUUGGGAUUACUCGAAGUUGACUUUGCGUACACAAUGCGAGAAUACCGAUGAUGGUGUUACCAAAAUCCAAUGGAUUGGCGAUUUCACAAUUUUGGUAUCAACACUACAGGGAAAUGUUGUAGCCUAUGAUGCUCGUAGUGGUCAAAAGAAAUUUACCUUAUCCGGUCAUUUGGCUGAAGUAUAUUCCUUUGCUUAUGAUCCUAAAGAGUCAUUGCUGCUGACUGUAUCUGAAGACAACUCUGCUAAAAUAUUCAAAGUACCCCAAUUGGGUGAUUAA